GUAUACCCAUGUUCAACUUGGUCGACCCCAACGAAGGGCUUAGUGCGGUUCUCGCAUCUAAAAGCCUUGACCUACAACACCUUACUAUUUCCUUUAUGAUCGAUGCCGAAGAAUUCUUUCAACACUGUCAGUCGACGUGGAGCUGGUCACAUCUUCAAUCUCUGGCGCUCACAUCGCAGCUCCUUCAGGACAAUUGGGGAAAGCGUAAGCAGAUUGAGGUUUUGUUGUGCCGAGCUAGUGUCCUUGUAUAGAAGAUGCCCAAGACACAUACAUUUGUAAUAUGGAACGGUGGAAAGGCACUUGCCUGUGCGUUCAUCUAUCGUAUAGACAGAGACAGUGCCUCGGUAACUUGGCACGGAACGUGGCAUCUAGAGUCGAGUCCUCUUGCUGUCAAGUCGUGG